AUGGACAAGACGCACAAAAAGGAAAAAGCCCCUGUUUCUCGGAUGAGCAGGGACCCCACGGAGAAGAGUUUAGGUUGCCGGAGCUCUGAUCUAGAUAAUGCGAAGCGGCAAGGUGACGGUUGGACCCUAGGGCCGUCAUCGGAGGUGACAGUUACUAGGUUGGCCCCUCGGGGUGACGACACGGCGAGCACAAUGAAACACGAGAUGAUUACGGAACAGCAAAUGGUGAUACCUGGAACAGAUGACGACGUGUUUAUUAUAGAGGAUAACGAGAACGACAAACGGAAGAGCCCGAAGAUUACGGGUACGAAGAGGAAGGCUUCUACUCCGCAGAAAGAAGCGAAAAGGAAGGAGGGAGAAAGCGAAAGCGAAAUGGAGAUGACCCUGUUGAUGGCGGAAGAAGAAGACAGAGAGGAUAGAGAUGGAGAGGAGGUAAGCUUAAGAUACCGGAGGAUCCUACGACAACGGAUGGCGGAGAUGCAGGAGAUAGUGCUGGACACAGGAAGUAAGAUGGGAAAGAAGGCAUAUGCAAGGAUGUUAGAAAUGAUAGAUGAGGCGAAGGUGGUGGUGGAGAAGCUUGCUCUGGUGUCAGCCGUGGAGGGGAUGAAUCGCUCAAGGAGUGGUGAAAUGUGGGAGGAGAUGAGAGAGAUGCGGAAGGAGAUGACUGAGCUGAGGACGAAGAAUGGUGAGCUGGAAAAAGAAAUGGCAGCAUUAAGUACGAAGGUUACUUACCUGCAGCAGCGUGGCGAAGAAGAUCCGAAGGAGCCCACAGUGACGGAGAGGAGGAGACCCACAGGAUACCUGGAGGCGGCGAUGAGUUCAAUCCCACGGCGACCUGAAACAGAAAGAAGAAAAGUUAUUAGAGUGGAAGAAAGAACUGGGAUAGAAAGCAGAGGAAAAAAGGAGAAGACUAAGGAUGGGAAUAGGAAGGUGGAUGGAGAAGAGGAAUGGAUAAUGGUUAGGCACAAAGGAGCGAGGAAGCAGAGUAGAGGAGAAGGGAGCAGAGGAGGCAUGGCGGAGGAUAGAAGAAUGAUAGAGAGGAACACAAGGAUCCCACUGGUGACGGAGGCUGUGGUGAUCUCGUGUGGAGAGAAGGAAAGGAGAAAGGAGCUCUUGAGCAAAGCGAAGAAAAGUAUUUCGUUGGAGGAGCUUGGAAUUAAAAACUCAAGGAUGCGGACAACAGCAACAGGAGCGACUCUCAUCGAAAUCUUAGGAGAGAGCAAGAAGGAGAAGGCGGAUAAGUUGGCGGAGAGACUCAAGGAGUUCUAUGAAGGAGAACCGAUGAAGGUGACCCGGCCGACGAGGAGAAUAGACCUCAGAAUUAGUGGUUUAGGAGAAGACACAACGGAGGAUGAGGUUACGGAGGCGAUUGCCAAAGAAGGAGGUGGAAAGAUGGAAGAGAUCAGAGUAGGAAGGAUUGGAUGGUCGAGGAGAGGCUAUGGAAUGGUAUGGGUAUCGUGCGAAGCGGAGGUGGCGAGAAAAGUGAUGGAGAAGGAGAGGAUAGGCGUAGGAUGGAUGCGGGUACGCGUGGAGAGAAUAGAGGCGAGAACACUGAGGUGUUACAGGUGUCUUGAGUCCGGCCAUACUGGUGUCACGUGUGACAGUAGUGUGGACCGAUCGGGCACCUGCUUCAGGUGCGGAAACAUCGGGCACAAGGUGAAAGAGUGUGAGAACCCGGUGAGAUGCGUGGCGUGCGUCUCACUGGGUAUGGACGGUGGCCACGCGAUUGGUGGACCAGGGUGCAACGCUCACACGGAGCGGAAGAAGAGGAUGGAGAGCGAGAACACGGGAGGGGCCGGAUAA